CAUACGUAGUCGUCGGUCCGCCAUUACGACGCAACCGAGACACGUUCGUCGUAUUUAGUUAAAUAUUUUCGUUUAUAAAUGAGUAAUAACGCUCAUGAUCUAAGUAAUCGACUUCUGAAUGCGUUGGAUAACAAUUACAAUGUUGUCGACAUGCAUGCCGUUAAUGAAAUCAUAUCCAUUUUGGAGAAAAUCAAUAUCACAAAAGAGCUGCUGGAGACCACCCGACUGGGCAAGCACGUGAAUGAACUCCGCAGAAAGACUUCAGACCCGACGUUGGCGAGGCGCGCCAAAGUCCUCGUAAAGCGAUGGCGGGACUUGGUCAUACCCACGGUGGCGUCCCCGGGUCACACAGGGUCCAAUCGUUCUUCAGCAGAGCGAUCAGUUCGCCGGCUGGGCGGCACUCCACUAACCUCGCCAGCACUCUCGCGGGUACGUCGACUUCUCUGCAAUCAUUUCCACUGCUAUACUGCCGUGGUGAGUCCAGCGGUGGCCAGUCCACGUCCGCCAUCACGUCCUGCGUGGGGCGGCUACGAGUCAGACUCCCAGGAUGUGAUCCUGGUGGACGACGACCCCCCCGCGCCCGCACCCGCACCGCCCUUCAAACCGGCCACGCCGCCUGUAAAAAGGACACAGUCACCGGCGCCUCCGCACGAUGAAAAGAAAGCGAAACGGGACAAAAAACCCAAAAAGAGAAGGGGAUAUAGUCGCGCGGGGUCUGGCGCGGAGGCGGCGGGCGCGGGGGCGGGCGCGGGCGGGGGCGGGGCGGGGGGUGGGGGCGGGGCGGAGGCGGCGCCCCCCGCCGCCCCCGCGGGCCCCGCGCCGCCGCCCGCGCCGCACGCCUGGCCCGCACGGAACGGCUCCGCGCACUCGGAGCGUCGCCGCAACGGCUACAGGAGGAACGCUGUCGAUCCCUAUGCCGCACUAGUUCAUAAGAUGCCGCCCGCCGGCGCUAAGAAAGUUAAGACUACUAAGGAGCUUCUAGAGGAGAUCCAGUCGCGGAAAGGCAGUAAGCCAGCCGCAUCCCCGUCACCUCCGGCCUCCCCUUCCUCGCCCGACGUCAUGCUCAUAGAGCCCGAGUCUUAUCCUGUGAAGGUGGAGUCGCCGCUGCGGAACGGCGGCGGGUCCCCGCGGCCGCAGUCGCCCGCGGCCGAGGAGGCCGUGUGCGUGUUCCCCCUGGAGGAGGAGCGCGAGCGCGAGGAGUGCACGUGCGGGGACGUGGAGGAGCCGCAGUGCCCGGCCGGCGCGGGGCUGCGCGUGCGGCCGCUGCACGUGCGCGCGCUGCACCACGCGCUGCUGCCCGGCAUCAACGGCACGCGCGCGCCCGCACACCCCCACAGGUUCGCGGUCCGCCCGCCCGCCCGGCCCGACCGCCCCGACCUCUUCUCCAGCGUCGUGCCGCUCUACAACUACUCCGACUACGCCGACGACUACUGCGCCAAGAACAUGGACCGCGUGCCGCUCUGCGUUCAUCUCCCGUGGACGGAGUUCGCUCCGGAUCCCCCGGCGAUCCCCGACCCGCCGUCGCCGCCUCCGCCGCGGCCCUACCCGUCGGAGGAGGCGGAGGGCGAGCACGCGACGGACGAGCCCGACGAGAGACUGAAAGUCGCCGGCCGCGGAGGAGGAGCGGGAUCGGGCGCAGGAGACGGGGAGGCGGAGCCGGCGGGCGAGCCGACGGCGCAGGAGCAGUUCGCGCGCGAGGCGCCCGAGCACCGCACGGUGGAGCGGACGAAAGCGGAGCCCCCCUCGCGGCUGGACGGGCGCGCGCUGGCGGCGGCGGCGGCGCGCGCGCGGGCCGCCGUGCCGUACGAGUACGCGCAGCUGGCCGCCGCGCCCGUGCUGGCCGCCGCGGACCGCGACCACGAGGACGCGCUGCGGGCCGCGCUGGCCGCCGCCGCCCAACACACGGCCCGCGACCACCUCGGCCGGCCCGCGCGCGCGCCGCACUUCGCGGAGUGGCACGAGUGCGCGCGGCUCGGGGACCUGGUCGCGCUGCCGUACGUCGUCAUCGACUGA